AUAGCCUACUCUGUGAAGUAAAGUUGUUGUAUUGACAUAAUAGCAUACAAUCAAUCCCCAGGCAGUUAAAAUUGAAAUCGUAUAAUUUAGACAGGUUUGCUGCGUUUAAAUAAGAUUUGAUACCUGUAAUGACCCAAGCCCAAAUUUUGAACCCAGCCCGCUUGGAAAACAAAAAACAAAAGUACCCAAGACGACGUCAUUUGAGGCUUACACCCUACAACACUCUCUCGAGUCUCUUCCCCAGCCACUGCCCAACGUCUCUCCCUCUUUUCUCUCCACCUGCGCAGACUGCCAGACACCCCCACGCCUCUCUCUCUGCCCAUUUCCCUCGCUUCUCUGUGAUUUCCGCUCGCCGCCGUUCCCAGAUCCAUGCCUUCCGUGUCGGUUCAUGCCGCGCCGCUCUCUACAGUUCCGAUCACCGACACCGUGAAGCUCCGCUGCACCGCGUGCGCCACAAAGCUCCGCGGCACCAAGCCUUUGUUUCCCUAGCCCGACACCCUCCUUCUCUUUCUCUCCUCUGCACCUUCGCUCACCGUGGAACGUCCAGCGACGCCGCUCCCGCUCUCGGUUUCCGACACCGGCAAUGUCUCGGUAUUAGGCUGACCGCGGUGACCAACGAAGGCCAUCGGAGCCUGCGUGACCCCUCCGCCCAUCUCCUCCGCCACUGACGACUUCGUACGAAACCGACGUGGAGGCUGCAGCACCACAAGCCCAGGAACACGGCACCAUUCAGUUCGUGAGGUUCCAUCACCGAGUCCAGUCGAACACCGCUUCAAUGGUGAGAUUGGGUCGUGAUAUUGGUUCUGUUCGAGUUCAAAGUUUAGAUAGCGUAUUGCAAAGAGAGUUUUAAUGUAGUCAUGGCUACAAGCAAGUCUCGAACAAGCAGCUUCUCUCGCAACCUCACAGCCGUACCCUCGUCUAAUACGCCCGGGCUCAAGUAUGGUCCCAAUGGCACGAUCUUUAUCUCAUCUGGGAUACCAGACCUCGACAAGAUUUUAGGCGGUGGGUUUGCUUUGGGAAGCCUAGUCAUGGUGAUGGAAGAUGCAGAAGCACCUCAUCACAUGCUUUUGUUGAGGAACUUUAUGUCUCAAGGACUUGUUCACAAGCAACCCCUUCUGUAUGCCAGUCCAUCCAAAGACCCAAAAGGAUUUCUGGGCACUUUGCCUAGUCCAAGGCCAUGCAAAGAUGAUAAAGAUAAGUCUCGUGAUCAUGAUCCUGAACAGGAGGGUUUGAGGAUUGCUUGGCAAUAUAAGAAGUACUUUGCUGAACAUCAGCAGACUUUUGAUAAUACUAGAGAUGGUAAGCAUGAGUACUGCAAUGACUUUGACUUGCGGAAGCCUCUAGAAAGGCACUUUCUAAGCGGUCAGCAUAUAGAUUGUGUCAGCAUUCUACAUAAUUCAGAUCUUGGUGCUCUUCGUGACCGUUGUGCUACAUUUUUCACUCAAUUUCCAAGAAAUGAUGGCAGCAUCACCUCCGCUGGUCGUAUUGCCAUUCAGUCGUUUUGUGCUCCACAAUGCGAAUAUUCCAAUGUGGAAUGGGAUAUGCUUUCCUUUAUCAGAUCUCUGAGAAGCAUGAUCCGGUCUUCUAAUGCAGUUGCUGUUGUGACAUUUCCACCUUCCCUUCUUUUGCCAUCAGUCUCUAAACGAUGGCAGCACAUGGCAGACACUUUGCUGUCUGUCAGAGCAAUCCCAGACGAGGACAAGGAAUUGGCAAACCUGCUCACUGGUUAUCAAGACAUGGUCGGUCUUUUGAAUGUACACAAAGUAGCGCGCAUUAAUACACAGGUACCUGUGAUUCUUGAUGCAACAACAUUCUCAAUAAAGUUGCAAAAGCGGAGGUUUUUAGUUUUAGAAUGUCUGAAUCAAGCUCCAAUUGAUGGUGCAUCUGGGAACUCAUAUGGCACUUCUGCAAGUUGUUCCGCGUCUUCAAGGACUGGGACCCUUGAAUUCUAGGUCCUAACAUGAUCUCACUGGCCCCAAUCACCAUUAAACAAUUCUACUUAUUUAAGUUAUCGAGAAUGGUUGAGACAUUGCCAGAAGAAAUGCUGGUCUGUGCUACCAAUGUCCUUCAGGUUUCCCAUAUUCAACUGACCUUAACAAUGCCAGUUAUAUAUACUUGGUAGCACAUCACAAUAGCAAGAAGUGACUUCUUCCUUUUGGUUGUUAAAUAGGGAAAUUUUUUUUCUUUACUUAAAACCAAACUAAAUAAUGAAAUAGCUAUUUCAUGUUCAACAAAGCAAAUAUAUCCUUAAAACUAGUUGUAUUGUAUUCUUUCAUUUACUUACAGUGUGCUCUUAAUUAUUUGAUGACCUUUGCAUAA